GCACAUCGUCAUUAUACCAUCGCGAAUCGCCGACUCCCAGCUUUUAGCACCCGGCAUGGCAUAACGAGCCAUGACCGAUACUCGGAGGAUUUCUGCUUGGAUCGAAACCUUGCCUGAUUCUUUUAAUUGUCCUCCAUGGCAAGCGAAAACGACAAAUAAACGCAAGGCAUUGCAGGAGCCGAGUCCUCCAGCAACGGUACUCGAUAUGGACCAAACGCCAACUCGAAAGCGACUACGAAGACCGGAUCCAGCGACCGACCCCGACUUAACGCCUCAAGCUCGUCCUCAUAAUGAGAGCGCACCUAGCCGUAGCCCGUCUAGGGUGUCGUCCGUCUCGGGUUCCAGUGCCUCGUCCUAUCGCCCCCGCUCGUCAUCGCCGCUGAAGAAACAAAUAAUGGGCCUUCGUCUCGAUGAAACAGGCCUCGAGAUUCGUGAACUCAAAAUUGAAGCCGCGCCGAACCUCGAAGCUGGCCUUCUCUUGUCUACUCUAGACGAAAUCGGCAGUAGUCUCGAGUUCCUCCCCGACAAUCGGCGGGAUGAAAUUCUAGGAAGCUCGAUGUUACAAGGCCUAGAUCCCCGACCUUGGAGGUACUCUUUCAAGAGUUCCAGCGAGUUUGAAAACCUUCCAGGCCGCAUUCCGUCGCCUCAAGAGGUUGCAUUGGUGUACGAGUGGGCGAAAGACUGUCGUCAACUCGGGCACGAGGAAGCGGGCUGGAACGCCGAGGUACACCAUCGGCUGAUGGAGGCAAUUUUUAGGGAGCCUGGGCGAACCAAAGGAGGCCUCUUCAACUUUGCGACCUGCACCACUGCUCGGCCACAUAGGAACUGGCUUCCGAGAUCCAUUGGAUCUAAGAUGGUUGACUUUUGCCUCUAUGCCGACCUGCCUCAGGAAGACCCUCAAUCUCUACAAGCUCUCGAAGCACUCUGUCGAAGGACAUUGACCCUUACUGUCAACCACACCGACUUCGAGCGACUGCAGUUACGCCCAAUCGUCCUGAGCAUUGAGACUAAGGGACCAGCUCCGGCGUUGAACACGGCUGAAGUACAAAUGGGUGUCUGGCACGCGGCUCAGUGGGGGUUCAUCCGCUCAGCAGUUCUUUCAUCGCUGCGGGAGCCGAGCGACACAGUACCCACUAAAGAGCAGGAGAAGCAGGCAGAUGAGGCCUUAUCUCGAUUGCCUUUCAUUCCAGGAGUCAUUGUCCAAGGUCACCGUUGACUGUUUGUGCUGUCGACGCGCGAAGGCGCUAAGACCAUUUUCUGGACGGAACGUCAGUUUGGCAGUACGCAGAGCAUCAAGGAACUAUACCAGACUGUAGCGGGACUAAGGCAGCUUACUUCGUGGACCGAUAAGGUGUACUUGCCAUGGUUCCGGGAGCACGUUCUAGCGGAGGAAACCCAUAGGAUCAACGACGGAUCAUGAGCAUCUAGACGACUUCCAAGCUGUCAAGCUUUUGUGCGGGUUGGGAAUCGACGCGGCUCGGCACAUAGUUUCCUUGUCUUCUCAAACGACAGACGAAAACAACGUGGUCGACCUCUCGGUG